GGGCAAUUUCCCGAUUUAACAGUGGGUAAUGAAUGCUAGGAGACAAGCUUUUGUAGAGGAUGCUUUAGAAUGUCUCUAUCGGCCGAAAAGAGCUCACUGGACCCUGAGCGGGUCUGGAAAGUAUGACAUCAAUUUAAUUGCCUUGGUUCAUGGACAACUUCUACUGGAGAUAAUAUUGCCGGUUGACCGGGUCUGUUAACAUGGAAGAAGCCGGUCUCUUACCGAAUUGCUUGCUAUAAAUUUAAUUCCAAUGCCAGUGAACCUCAUACAUCAAACCAAAGAGAAGAACAGGAACGCACCAGUCUCGCUUCAUCAAUAUGUCUACCGCACAACACACUCCAUUGCCAUACGCCUAUGAGACACAAGUCUAUACCGAAGGACUCAGUGAUAAAAGGCCCGCUAUCACUUUUGAUCCGUUCAAAUGGGAGGGACUGGCCAAGGAGCGCCUCUCAGCAGACAGCUUCGGAUACGUCUGGGGCUCCGCCGGAACGAGAGAAACGGAUGAGAACAACCGAAAGGCAUUCAAGAAGUGGGGCAUUGUCCCGUCCCGUCUGGUGAAAUCGGACUUUCCAUCUUUAAAAACUACGCUGUUCGGCGAGGAAUACGAGUAUCCAAUCGCCAUUGCGCCAGUGGGAGUGCAGCGAAUCUUCCACCGCGAUGGAGAGGUUGCUGUUGCUUCUACUGCGCAGAAUGAAGGGAUCACGUACAUCUUGAGCUCGGCAUCUUCGACGAGUAUCGAGAAUGUGGCAGAAGCCAAUGGGAAUGGAUCUCGCUGGUUCCAGUUGUACUGGCCGUCGAAUGACCACAACGACAUCACCGCCAGCUUGUUAAAACGCGCUAAGGCUGCCAAUUACAAGGUCUUGGUGGUCACUUUGGACACCUAUAUCCUUGGAUGGAGGCCCUCGGACUUGGAGAAUGGCUAUAAUCCAUUCCUUCGGAAAGACAACAUCGGAGUGGAGAUUGGCUUCUCUGAUCCCGUGUUUCGAAAGAAGUUUGCAGAAAAGCAGGGCAAAAGCAUCGAGGAGGACAUGGAGACUGCAGCGGCUGAAUGGGCACAUACUAUCUUCCCCGGGUUGAGCCAUGGGUGGGAAGAUAUCCAGUUCCUCCGUCAACAUUGGGACGGCCCGAUCGUCCUAAAGGGCAUACAGACGGUGGAGGAUGCAAAGCUGGCGGUGCAGCACGGUAUGCAGGGGAUAGUGGUAUCUAACCAUGGUGGACGCCAACAGGAUGGCGGGGUGGGUUCUUUGGACAUGCUUCCGGACAUUGUGGACGCGGUGGGAAAGGACCUGGAAGUCAUCUUCGAUUCUGGCGUGCGUUGUGGUGCUGAUGUCGCUAAGGCUCUGGCGCUGGGGGCCAAGAUGGUCCUUAUCGGCCGGCCCUAUGUGUAUGGACUUGCCAUCGCUGGCAGAGAAGGUGUCCGUCAUGUACUGCGGAGUAUCCUGGGUGACCUACAGCUUACACUUCAUUUGUCGGGGAUCCGAUCCGUGCAGCCAGAGCACCUGAGCAGAUCUGUACUAAGACGGACGAAUUGAAAGCAUGCUGAGGUGAAAUUGUAUCUAGACUUUGCAUAAAUGCAUACUGUUGACAGGAUGAGCCCCUGUACUAUGAUUCUCAAAGAAAGCUAUACCAUUCGCCCAUGCUCCCAUGAACGAAAUUCUGAGGUAGGCCUUACCCCAUCUACUCGGGUUUCUAUUAAUGGCUUCACUGUGGAAGCAUAUAAUAUCCCCCAGGUUUCUCUUUCCUUUUGGGUCCGCAUGCCUAGGUGUAGUCGAAGUAAAAAUAGUUGGCUUAGUA